CAUCCCAGUACUGAUGCAGUGGUCAAGUGGGCGAAGUUUGGGGGAGAGUGAGAGAAGGGGGGUUUCGCAAGCUGCUGUUGUACAAGAUCUUGGGUCACCAUGUGUCUUUCACCAUCCGUCUCCCCGCCUAAUGAAAUUAGCUUAUAUUGGAGCGAUGAGGAGCUCUUUACGUGUUUGCAGGGAAUGAUAAAUGGAUCUCCUCUCCCCGACAACGUUAUCAUAGAAGUGAAUCCUUACCAGCAUAACCCCUCAUGUUUACCUGAUAGAGUUUGGUACUUAACAAGCUCUGAGGACACCAAAUUUGCAGAGGGAUUCUGGAAGCCCAAGGGUGAGCCCUAUGAGAUAUUUUCGAACUCUUCUAUCACUGGUUGGAGAACUACUUUUGAAUUCUACGAAGGUACCACCCCACAUGUCCUUAAAACCGACUGGGUGUUGCAACAGUACAAGAUAACUCAGAAGGGACAGUCCAAAAACAUCAAGCCAAUGGCCUCCAGUUCACUCUGUAGAGUCUUCCAAAGCAGGGGACAAAGUUCAAGCCAUGAAAUGCAGAAGGAAUUGGGGGUUGCAAAUGUUGCUGAUAAAAACCACACUUGUUCCAAGCCUUCUGUGGUUUCAAAUACUGACAAUAGCACUGGGCAAGGUUCCAAAAGCGAGUCUCAGGUGCAACAUGGCAAUGGUGAGACUGGACUAUUGGCUGCGCCAGAAAGAUCUCUGAAUCACCCUGUAGACAACCUGCCUGAAAUUUAUUUUUCUGAUGGUGACUUUUUGGAGUUGGGGGAUCUUGCUGACCCAGUAUCACCUUCUUCCAGUUCAGACAAUUCUAGUUGCCUAAGCCAGACAUCAGAUGAAUGUUUUGAUUCAUUAGCCUUGUUGCGAGAUUUAGAAUGUGACAAGGAUGUGGGUUGCAAGUUCAGUGUUGCUGCAUCGGUCAUGCCAGACAAGGUUGUUUUGCAGCCAGCCAGUUCAGGAUCUCUUACUUGUGAUGACAGAAGGAAGUUACCGGCAGAAGGACCCCCCAAAACUGAUAGUUCUUUACUUGGUUCAACAAAACUGUCUGAGAAGAAGGGUUUGAAGCGUGCAAUUGCAACUCAGGAAGCAGACAAUAAGGUGGAAGGUCCAUCAUCAAAUCCUCAUAAUUUGGUGGCAUCAUCUGGCAGCAACAAAGCAGCAUCCUCAGAUGAAAAAGGGAAAGCUGCUGCUGACAGAAAGAAGAAGCUAAAGAAGUAUUUGUGCUUCAUGCCAUUCUAGAUCAGCCUUUGCUUAUUAUAAGUGUAUAUUUAAAUGUUCUAGCAAAUGUGACUGUAAGGCACUUUAAGGUUGUUGGUGUUGUUUCUUCUAGGGGUUUGUUUUUUCUUUCAGAGCUGAAAAGGAAAACCCUUUUUUUUUUCCUGAAAGUAAAAAAAAAAAAAACGUUUUCCUUUUCAGCCUAUUACAAGGACUAGAAAAAAGUAGAUUAGUUGGCUGAUGAUACCCAAGGAAAUAAGGGUUAGUUAUUGAAAUUGAGUCAUACCCAGCAGAAGUGUACACAAAUGACUUAUUUGUAACUGGGUUGUUGUAAAAUUUACUUUAAUGCUAUAUACCACUUCUUAAGUGGGAUGUAUAUCUUUUUAAUGGUGGAAUAUUGUUAAUUUUGUGUGAAA